AACAGCUUUCGCUCCUCAUCUCCCCACCUCCGUCUCCACCGCGCAGAGCCCACCUCCUCUGCUCUGUAGCGGUCCAGCUCAAGCGACCGAUGGAGCAGUUCCACCACGGCCAGCACGUGCGGCUGCGGAACCGCGAGCGCGGCACGUACCUGCACGCCGACGAAGACGGGCAUGGCGUCUCCCUCCGCCACCGCCGGGCGUCGAUGAACGCGGCCUGGGCGGUGCACUUGUACCAGCCCCCUCGCGCGCAGGUGCCGUUCCUGCUCCUUCACAGCGCCGCCUACGGCCGGUACCUCGCCGCCACGGGCGCGCCGGCGCCGCUUGGCCACCGUGGGCACCGCGUGGAGCAGCGCAGCUACAACCAUCCAGAGGAGGAGGCAGUAUUUUGGAUGGCCGUACGGACGGAAUUCCGGGACGACGUCCUGCUCCAGCACUUCAACGGCGGCAGCCUCCGCGCCAACGGGAAGUACCUCCCCUGGAACAACGGCGCCAGCGUCGGCUACAUCAACGGCAUCCACGACAUGAGCACGAUGAUGCACUGGGUCGUGGAGCCCAUCCCCGCCAGGGAGAUCAUGCCUCCCCUUCCACGUUCGACUGGGCUUACCCUCGCCACCGCCGUGUUGCCGUCGCGGGAGAUCGUAUACGUGUGGCGAGACAUCCACGGGGACCUCAUCACCACCGGCUGGCACAUGUUCAGGGGGAGAUCCGUGUUCCAACUGAGGAAGGAGCUGGCCAGUCUGCUGAGCGCCGUCCAAGUCUUGGGCGUUGCCGACCUCGUCAUGUGCCUCCCCACACGUGAUGGCCGGCUUUUCCCACUCGUCGUCGACCUGCCCAGCAACCGCCAGAGCUUCUACGUCGUCGUCGUCGUCGCCGGGACGCCUCCCCACGCGGCGCUGCGGUACGCGGAUGUCGAUGCAGAGUAGAGAGAUACCAGAGACGGGACCCCUAGAAGUCGCCUUCAAAGGUGUCGCCGCCCCGGACACGAUGGCAUUAGAACUCAGUUCCUUCCGAUGACAUACGGGUUCAGGAAAACCCAGUAGUUGUUGUGUUUCUGCUAGCUAAGCUAAACUUCGUUUGUUCUCCUGGCAGUAAGAAACCUAUUUGAGUUGGCAUCACGGUUCUAAAAUUCCAAAACUGAUUGAACAAUGAUGCAGUGACAUUAGUCCGUAAUGUGUUGACAAUGGCCACUACUUCAAUGUUGCUAGCUGCAUUUUCUCUUAGAUGACAGACAGAUGUGGCGGUUCUUGCAGUGAGUUGAGCACUUGAGUUUC